AUGUCUUGCUCCUCCACAAGUGAUGCCUCAUCCGGCGCAACACAUUCGCUCGACAACCAAGAAUCUUCAAAUAUUACCAUCACUAUUCGAUUGAUCAAAUCAUUUGCAUAUAGAAAUAUUAAACUAAUGAUUCUCAAAGAUAUUCAAUCGGAGCAAUUGACUGGACAUGAUUUAUUAAAUUUAAUUAAAGAUAAAAUUGAAAAGGAGAGUGCAUAUCUUCCACAUCGUAAUCGACCAUAUGACACUUUAAAGAUGUAUCAUCAUGCUCAUUCAUUCAAAGCUAAUAAUUUAGUAAUUAAUUUUCAAGAUGAUGAUAAAUUAGUAUUACACUUGGAUAAAACGUUAAAAGAAAAUGGAGUGGAUAAUGAGGCUGAGAUUUCAUGUUUCAUUUGGAAAGAAUAUUUAGAAUUUAAACAUAAUCCAGAAAUUAAAUGGUAA